AGCUCACUCACUUCACAUCUCUCUCUCUCUCUGUUUCCACAUUUUAACGAACUCUCAAAAACGAAACAACACUAAAAAAGCUUAUCUUAUAUCUUCUUAAUACCAAAAAUGAGAGAGCUCGAGAGGUUGAAGACGAGCGUAAACCAUCAAUGGCCACCCAUUGGAGCUCCGAUGAAUCUCCGGCAAGAAGAGCCGUGGAAAUCUCGAUUCGACGACUCAGUCAACGCCGUCUCUUUUGGGUUCGUCGCAACAGCCAUUCUCAUCUCAAUGUUCCUCGUCAUGGCUAUCUUCGAGAGACUGAUCCGGACCACGACCACAACGACUACUACUAACGCAGAUGCUUCUUCUGGUCGGGUUCUUUCGGGUAUGGAUUCUCGGGUCGGGUUCAAUGGUGCAGCAUCUAAGCUCGGGUAUCAAUCUCCAAAGAUGACUGUUUACACGAAUGGGGUAUCGGUAUUGAUGCCAGGAGACGAUAUCCCUACUUUCAUCGCACAUCCAGCGCCCGUGCCAUGUCCUCCUCAACGCAUCAUCUCACAGCCUCAGCAUCAACAUAGCUCAUCAAGUGAUUCUUCCUCCAUUCAAGAAUGUUGAAAGAAUGUUUCUUUAUCUCGUACCACCAUCACCACCAUUGGCUUAUCACAAACAUUCGAGCCACCAACCACAUUGAGCUGAGUUGAGUUUGGCUUCUGAUGUUUUUGUUUUUAUGUUUUUUUUUCUCCUGAGGCUUCCGCUACAUUUAUUGGAUUCAGGAGAUUAUUUAUGCGUAUUUGUAUGUACAUAAGCAUUAGGAUCGGAAACUGGUUUCUCCUUGGUUUAAUUAAGCA